AUGAUGUCCAUGAACAGUAAACAGGCGCACUUCGCCAUGCACCCGACUUUACCCGAACACAAGUACACCACCUUACACUCCAGCUCCGAGGCUAUCCGGAGAGCCUGUCUGCAAACUCCACAGCUACAGAGCAACAUCUUCGCCAACCUGGAUGAGACCCUGCUGGCGCGCGCCGAGGCCCUGGCCGCCGUGGACAUGGCGAUGUCGCAGGGCAAAGCCCACCCCUACAAACCGGACGCCACCUAUCACACCAUGAACAGCGUGUCGUGCUCGUCCUCGUCCGCCGUGCCCAUCGCCCCCGGGCAUCACGGGCACCCGCAUCACUCCCACCACCACCCGCACCACCACCAGAACCUGGAGCCGCCGGACCUGAUGGAUCACAUCAGCUCGCCCUCACUGGCCCUCAUGAGCAGCGCGCACGAGGCCACCGGGGGAGCCGGAGGAGGCGGCGGGGGCGGCGGAGGUGGCGGCGGAGGAGGCGGGGGCGCCGGACUGAUCUCCACCUCGGCCCACCCUCAUCCUCACGCCCACAUGCACGGACUGAGCCACCUCUCGCACCAGGCCGCCAUGAACAUCAACUCGCCGCUCGGUCACCAUCACCACCCGCACCACCCACACCCGGGGUUUUUACCCAGCCACCCCGGCAGCACGCAGACCGCCUCCGGACUUAUCCCCAACGGACUCCCGUCCCUGCCCGAUUCAGACACGGACCCCCGCGAGCUCGAGGCGUUCGCCGAGCGCUUCAAACAGCGGCGGAUUAAACUGGGGGUCACCCAGGCAGACGUAGGGGGCGCUCUGGCCAAUCUUAAAAUCCCGGGUGUGGGCUCGCUCAGCCAGAGCACCAUCUGCAGGUUCGAGUCCUUGACGCUGUCCCACAACAACAUGAUCGCGCUCAAGCCCAUCCUGCAGGCCUGGCUGGAGGAGGCCGAGGGGGCGCAGCGGGAGAAAACCAACAAACCCGACCUGUUCAAUGGAGCCGAGAAGAAGCGCAAACGUACCUCCAUCGCCGCGCCCGAGAAGCGCUCGCUCGAGGCGUACUUCUCCGUCCAGCCGCGACCGUCCAGCGAGAAAAUCGCCGCCAUCGCCGAGAAACUGGACCUUAAAAAGAACGUGGUGCGCGUCUGGUUCUGCAACCAAAGACAGAAACAGAAACGCUUGAAAUUUUCCGCCACGCACUGA